AUGGCUUCUUCUUCAUCCUCUUCCGCUGUUGGCACUGCCUCCAACUUGGUCUCUAACGGUAACGUUUCUGCCCAGAGCGUGACCUCGUCUGCUGCUUCUUCCAUGAAAUCUGGCGCAUCCUCCGCUUCGUCUGCUGCGUCUUCCGUCAAGUCCUCGAUUUCCUCUGGUGCUUCUUCUGCCAGCUCCAAGGCCUCCAGUGCCAAGUCUUCCAGCUCCUCGUCCAGCGGUGCUGUUCCAAACAUCGUGGCCAACCCAGUGUCGUGGAAGUUCGGCGCCCUAUUGGGUGCUACCAUGUUCGGUUCAUUCAUCCUAGGCGCUGGAUUGUAA